AUGGCCCCUGUCAAGAACGGACGCGUCGUCUUCAAGGAGUACCCGGGAAAAGCGUUCGUGGUGCCAGGAAAGACGGUGGUGUACGAUGAAAGCGAGACGAUCGACGUCGACACCGUGCCGCUCGACGGAGGCGUCCUCCUCAAGAUGCUCUACCUCUCGAUCGAUCCUUACCUCCGGAGGCUGAUGCUCCCCACCGAAGAGCGCAAAGCUCACUCUGGCGUUCCUCCCGUCAGGAUUGCCAACUGGGCCGUUGGCGUAGUUGUGCGCUCCGAGGAUCCUUCUCACAACGCGGGCGAUCAUGUUCUGGGGCUUCUUCCGCUCCGUCAUUACUCCGUCGUGAAGAACACGGCUGCGCUCAUGAAGCUCGAGAACAAGGAGGGCAUUCCGUGGUCCGCGUACCUCGGCGUGUGCGGCAUGCCCGGCAAGACCGCGUACUGCGCGUGGAAGGAGUUCGCAAAGCCCAAACCGGGAGACACCGUCUUCGUCUCGGCCGCCUCAGGCGCGGUCGGCGCCGUCGUCGUGCAGCUCGCCAAAGCGGACGGGUGCCGCGUGAUCGCGUCCGCGGGCACGCACGAGAAGGUCGCGUACGUCGCGUCGCUCGGGGCCGACGUCGCGUUCAACUACAAGCUGGUGCCGACAAUGAAGGUUCUCCAGAGGGAAGGCCCGAUCAACAUCUAUUGGGACAACGUCGGCGGAGAAACGCUCGAAGCCGCGCUCGAGCAGGCGGCGACGCACGCGCGCGUGAUUGUCUGCGGGAGCAUCUCGACGUACAACACCGCGGAGCCGUACAACGUCAAGAACCUGCAGCUGCUGCUGUGGAAGGAGAUCCACAUGUACGGCUUCCUCGUCGGGACGCUCGAGCCGAAGUACCAGGAGGCGUUUUACCGCGAGAUGCCGGCGAAGUACGCGAAGGGCGAGGUCAAGUACAAGGAGCACUUCGUGCGCGGGCUCGAGAAGGGCCCGGAGGCGAUCGUGGAGGUGCACGAGGGGAAGAACUUUGGGAAGAGCGUGCUCGUUGUCGCGGAGGAGUGA